AUGGCCCCGGCAGCAGCAGAGUCCGCGUCCCCGAUUGGCAUUGCCAAUCUGCCCAACCAGCGACACAAGAUUGUCGCGAAGAGAGGCGCAGCCUUCACCAUCAUGGUGGCUGGCGAGUCAGGCUUGGGAAAGACCACGUUUAUCAACACCCUUUUCUCGACUACGAUCAAAAACUACCAAGAUCACAAACGACGACACGCAAAGCAAGUUGAUAAGACGGUGGAAAUUGAGAUCACCAAAGCCGAAUUAGAGGAGAAGUUUUUCAAAGUUCGUCUGACCGUCAUCGACACACCUGGCUUCGGUGACUACGUCAAUAACCGCGACUCCUGGAUGCCAAUCAUCGAGUUCCUUGACGAUCAACAUGAGUCCUACAUGUUGCAAGAGCAGCAACCUAAGCGACAGGACAAGAUCGACCUUCGAGUCCACGCUUGUCUCUACUUCAUUCGUCCUACUGGCCAUACCUUGAAGCCAUUGGAUAUCGAAGUGAUGAAACGUCUCUGCACCCGUGUCAACUUGAUUCCCGUUGUCGCAAAGGCUGAUACUUUGUCUCCUGCCGAUCUUGCCCGCUUCAAACAUCGAAUUCGAAAUGUCAUUGAGGCCCAAGGCAUCAAGAUCUACCAACCCCCAAUUGAGGACGAUGAUGAGGCGGCUGCACAACACGCCCGUGCUCUUAUGGCGGCGAUGCCUUUCUCCGUCAUUGGCAGCGAGAAGGAUGUCAAGACUGCGGACGGCCGUGUUGUCAAGGGCCGACAAUAUGCUUGGGGUGUUGCAGAGGUCGAGAAUGAGGACCACUGCGAUUUCAAGAAGCUCCGAUCGAUCCUUAUUCGAACCCACAUGCUUGAUCUUAUUCAUACCACCGAAGAGAACCACUAUGAAGCAUAUCGUGCUCAGCAAAUGGAGACACGAAAGUUUGGCGAAGCGAGACCAAGAAAAUUGGACAACCCCAAGUUCAAGGAGGAGGAAGAGGGGCUGAGAAAGAGAUUCACCGAACAGGUCAAGGUCGAAGAACAGAGAUUCAGAGCUUGGGAACAGAAGUUGAUUGGGGAGAGAGACCGAUUGAACAAGGAUUUGGAGGCCACCCACGCUGCCAUCAAGCAAUUGGAGCAAGAGCUCGAGCAAAUGCAAGGCAGCGCCGUCCGAAGCCACGGUCGUCGCUAG